CUUCUUCUUUUGUCUUGCUUCAAUAAUGACGACGACGCGUCGCUUCGUGUGCGACGACUUGUUUCGCUUCAACAAUGUUAACUUGGAUCCGUUGACUGAGACGUACAACCUGUCAUUCUACUUGCAGUACCUCGCGCGCUGGCCAAACUACUGCGAAACGGCAGAGUCGACCACAGGACGCCUGAUGGGCUACAUUUUGGGAAAGGACGAGGGCAACAAUUCCGACUAUCACGGACAUGUUACCGCUCUGACCGUCUCACCCGAGUUCCGCCGUCUGGGUCUUGCAGACAAGUUCAUGGCUCAGCUGGAGCGUCUCUCAGAGCAAAACAAAUGCUACUUUGUCGACCUCUUUGUUCGCAAGUCGAAUGAGGUUGCAAUCAACAUGUACCGCAAGUUUGGCUACAUUGUGUACCGGACUGUACUCAAUUACUAUUCUGGCGUGGAAGAGGAAGAUGCCUACGAUAUGAGAAAGGCGCUAUCUCGCGAUGUGGACAAGUUAUCCGUCAUCCCGUUGACGCAUCCAGUCAACCCGGAAGAUGUGCUACCAUAGCGAGAUCCUGGUUUAUCGCACUUGGAAGAGAAUUGCUCGAUUCAAAAAGCCUUGUCAAUGAAUGCACAAUUAAGAGCACAGCGUCCAAUAAUCCAGCAAGGACAAUAAACCAUCAAUGAAGCGCA